AAUUAAUUAUGCACUUUAUGUAUAAUUGUCUCAUUGUUUCAGAAUCAGACACGUGCAAAGCUCACAGUAGAUGUGGGAAAGGAAGUACAGUAGUAUUGUAGAAUAUAAUCUGUUACUAUAUACGACUUUGCCACAUUUCAUAGGGAAAUACUUCUUACUGCAUUAAUAUCUGAAAACGGUGUUUACUUUACAGAUUUCUCUCCAUUCUCUAUACACUGCUUUAUACUCACUCGGGUCACGGGGGUGCUGGAGCCUAUCCCAGCUGACUGAGGGUGAAGGCAGGGGACACCCUGGACAGGUCGCCAGUCUGUCGCAGGGCUACAUAUACAGACAAACAAUCACACUCACAUUCACACCUACGGAUAAUUUAGAGUGAUCAAUUAACCUCAGCAUAUUUUUGGACUGUAGGAGGAAGCCGGAGUACUCGGAGAAAACCCAUGCAUGCACAGGGAGAACAUACGGAGCCCCUCUCAUGACAUGGCAAAAAAAAUAAUUAAAUUGUGGCCACGAUAUAGCUAUAACGUGCGCACAAAAUACUAAUUCGUUCCCACGAAAUACUAAUUUGUUCCCACGAAAUACUAAUUCGUUCCCACAAAAUAGGUAUAACGUGCGAACGAAAUGGGAAUGGUCUGAACUCUGCAUUCUCACCCUGAUCUGUGAGAGGCAGCAAUGUGCCGCAAGGCAUCCAGCCUGCCGGAAAUUUACAUGAAGAAGAAAAGUAAACAAACCGAGCGCACCUUCUCUAGGGUCGAAGGUAGAGGCGUUAGAAGGGCUAAAGCGACAGGAUGGACAGGGACAGUGUGAUUGAAUUUUAUUUUAGGCUGGGGAUGAGCUACAAAGACAUUCUGAAAAGCCUGGCAUUGCAAGGAACCAUCAUUACUGAGAGACAUUUGAACAGGAUUUUGAGGGCCAGGUUGCUUUACCGGCGAAGGUACGACUUGGACGCCGGGAUAGAUUUCAUUGUUGACCAACUGCAAGGCCCUGGAAAGGAUCACGGUUACCGAUGGAUGUUUACAAAGUGUAAACAACAUGGCAUUUCUAUCAGAAAAGAAGACGUCAGGAUCCUCCUCUCUCUACUGGACCCCAUUGGUUCCCAGGUUCGCCAGACCAGACGUCUCAGAAGGAGGCAAUAUUUUGCUCGGGGACCCAACUUUGUGUGGCACAUAGACUCAUAUGACAAACUGAAGCCAUAUGGGAUAUGUAUUAAUGGCUGCAUCGACGGGUUUUCCCGCAACAUCAUUUGGCUGCGGGCCGCCUUCACUAACAGCGACCCGAAAAUUAUCGGGGGGUACUUCGUGGAAGCAGUGGAGCGCUGUGGGGGCUGCCCAAGGCUCGUACGAACCGACAUGGGCACUGAGAACGUGGUGGUCAGAGACCUUCAGCGGUAUUUACGGAGAAAUGACGUGGAUGACAGAGCAGCAGAGAGAAGCUACAUCACAGGAGCAAGUACCGGGAACCAGAGAAUUGAGAGCUGGUGGGGAGUGAUGAGAAAAGAAGGAAUCGAACCCUGGAUCACGCUCCUGGCAGAACUGAAGGAUGAGGGAUUCUUCGCUGGGGAUUUCAUUGACAAAGCUCUGUCACAGUUCUGUUUCAUGCCAAUCAUUCAGGAGGUAUUAAAUGACAUCCGGGGUGUUUGGAAUGCUCACCGUAUAAGGCCGUCCAAGAACACCAACGUGCCCAGUGGGAUACCUGAUGUCAUGUACUUGGCCCCUCACCUUUGGGGUGCAGAAGACUGUCUUGUUCCACUGACUGAUGAUUUAACCACAUGUAAAGACAGCUGCACAUUUGUCAGUUCAGUCCCAUGUGAUGUGGACGUGUUUGAUUUGUGCACGAUAAUAAUGGAAGAAUCAGGCUUGGAGUUCCCAUCUACCAUGUCCCAGGCACUUGAUUUGUAUUUUCAUCUGAAGGACAUGGUUCGUCCACAGUUAUUUGAGGCUGUUUAAAUGGAUACAAGCAUACAAACCAUGUAGUACAUUUGGUACUUUAGUACAUGUUUUUACAGCAUAAUGUAUAUAUUACUUUCCAUGUUUGUGUGUUUAGAGAGUAAGAGUAACUAAGUAAGUGGUAACAAAUGUUUGACUCAAAUAGUUGUAGCCUACAAGUUAGACAAAAUGAAUCUUUUUGGGCUAGAGUUAUUAUCCUUCAAUUAAUAUGAAGCUUGUCAAACUGUAAAGGCUUCUAAUGUCAUUCAUAACAAAGUUACAUGUUUUUGGUAUUUGGCUUUAGGGUAAAGUUGUAACAAAUAAAAAGAUCUCUUAUUGGCAUCACCUAAAUGGUAACACACACACAAAAAAAUAUCCAUCUCUAACAAGGACAAUAGCACACUGAGCAGCAACAACACAGACUGGCAAUGAUAUCAUUAAUCUAAUGUUAUGAUCGAUUAGACAAGAAGACCAAGUAGGCUACUGUAUAGUGUAUCAUCAAUGCUCCGUAUGUUUCCUGAGCCUGCUUUUGUUUUUUGUGGAAGAGAUUAAAACAAUUCAAUGUUUGAUAAAGAACUGUGUUUUUUAUAACAAAUCACAACACGCUUAGAACACUAGAGAGUAAGGUGUAAAAUAACUAUGGGUGGUGUUAUUAGA